AUGAUAAAAAUGAGGAGAACUUAUAGUAGGAUUUAUUGUAUCAACUUAAGCUUUGUAAUAAUAUGUACAACCAUCCUAUUUAUAUAUGAUACAGUUUCAAAUGGAUUAGUAUCAAAGAAGAAUAUAGUAUCAGAAAGGAAGAGUCAAAAUAAUUAUGAAGUGAAUAGUAGAAUAUUAUCUUCUCAUGGAGGGGUACAGGGAGUAUGGAAUAGUAGAAGUGAUUUAUUAAGAUUCCGUAGAAGAUCUACUUAUACUCAUUUGGAUCGUCUGCAUGAUUGUUUUUUUAGAGGAUUUUUAGAUUCUUUGAUUUGGCUAACUGAAGAAAUAUAUAAAAAUGAAAAUUCUAAUGAAAACAAUGAUGAUGUUAUAUUUAACAAUGAUGGUGUUACAUCUAACCAUGAUGGUGUGAUAUCUAACCAUGAUGAUGUUACUUCUAACAAUGAUGUUGUUACAUCUAACCAUGAUGUUGUUACAUCUAACCAUGAUGUUGUUACUUCCAACAACGAGGAUGUAAAUACUACGAGUGAGCAAGUUAAUACUAAUGUUGAAAUGAUAGAAAAAAUUAUAAGAAAACAAAUGUAUCUUGAAGGUAUAACCUUAUCGAAUAGAACCGUAUCAAAUGAAGUUCGUAGAACUAAAGAAAGACAUGAUGAAAUAAUUUCUCAGGGUACUACUGCUGAAGUAAUGGAGCACAUGAUGAAACUUUAUGAAAUAGAAAACACAUUAUCUAAGGAUAUAAUAAAAAAAGUUAGUAAUCCACAAAAAAGGAAUAAUAUACCUAAUAUUUUAAAUGUAGAUUAUGUGAAAACAAAAUUGAAUCAGAAAUUAACGGGAAUUCAAAAUACUUAUGAUGAAAGAUAUACAAACGCAUUAGCAUCUAGAAUAGUUGAACGUGUUACUGAUAUAUGUAGAGACGAAGAUAUACUUUAA